AUGCAAGAUUUGAAGGAUAUGACCUUGGAAGUGCACUAUGAGAACUACCGCGCCAAGUACAUCACUGAGAGAAUGUCUCGACGACAAACUGAUCGAAGAGAGGGCAUGGGAGCACAGCGUACAGAUCGUGACAAUGGACCCGGCUUUGAGGCCCUAAUGAGUGCUGAUUGUCUGCUUCGUCAAAAAGAGGAUGAGUUGCAGAGAAUGAGUGCCAAAAGUUUGGAUCAAAUGACCCGCGGAAAGACAGCCGACGGCCUAUUGGCAAAUCACAGCUCGACAGGAACUAAUGGAAGUGCUGUGAGUCGUGCACCCGCAACCAUGGCAACUGCUGCUGUAGGUGGCGGUGGGAGUGGUGGCCCAAUGCCCGGUCCGGGAACCCUGCCACCUAAAGCCAGUCUCACCGGUCUCUAA